AUAAUACAAAAAAAAUAUCCGUUUAUUUUACAUGCACCAUCUUUUUAAUCCCCAUUUUGUAACACAAACCAGUAGAGAAGUAGGAUUAUAAGAACGAGGAAACGAGAUGAAAUUUAUCUGUAAGCCCAUAUACUUUGUAAAUACAUUACGAGUCAUAUGGGCAUUAUUUUUACUAUACAACGAGUUUUUCAUAUAUAAAUUUGCUGCUCAUCAGUGCGCCAUUCGACAACGCUACGAGCAAGCAGUUACAAAAGGACGUUUCAUCUUCAUUGGUGACCCACAGAUUACAGAUGACCACUCUUACAACCGGCCAUGGAUCAUCAUGCAACUGACUAAAUUUUACAGCUCAAUAUAUAUGAAGCGAAAUUAUAAACAUAUUAAAAGUGCUCUCCAACCGACCGACAUUGUUAUGAUGGGCGAUCUGAUGGAUAAUGGUCGAGAUUGGAACGAUGAAACAUAUAAACUCGAAGUUGAACGAUUUCAUACAAUUUUCCCUCAAGAUAGCUCUGUGGACGUACAUUAUAUGGUCGGAAAUCAUGACAUCGGAUUUGGAAGUGGCAUAGAGGAACAUUGGAUCAAGCGUUUUAGUCAAUAUUUUGGACCGACAUCGUAUAUAUUCCAAAAAUACGGAUAUACCUUCAUUGUGCUCGAUACUAUAUCACUCGGCUCUGAUGAUCCCUCGAUUAGACAAGAGGCAGAAGAAGUUCUUCGACAACAGUCUGUGCUUAAAGACAAGAACAAAAUCUUAUUGACCCACGUUCCACUCUUCAGAACAGAUGAAUGUGGUCCUUACCGACAAUCUAAGGAUAAAACGAUUAGACAAGGACGUGGUUAUCAAUAUCAAAAUCUACUCACUGAAGAAAUGUCCGAUUAUUUAUUAAAGGAAAUCGAUCCUGUGCUGAUCUUUUCAGGAGAUGAUCAUGACUACUGCAAAAUAAUCCACAAUGGCUAUAACCGAAGUGUAGAGUUUACAGUCCCGACAUUUAGUAUGGCUCAAGGACUAAAAUAUCCCGGAUUCGUCACUUUGAAUAUGGUGAAGAACGAGACAUUAGCACCAACUACAGCUAAGCAAUUAACAACUCACUUAUGCUGGUUACCGAACCAGGUUGAUAUCUUUAUCAAUUAUGCUUAUUUGUUGAUCAUCACUCUAUUCAUUUUGAUUAUUUGGAGCUUUGUGUUCAACCGAAAAAGAUUUAGACGCAACUAUUUCGUUGCAGAUAACAUGUCAUUACCCAUUUACAGGACGUUUUACCCACCUUUUAUGUCGUCUUCUUCUUCAGUACUGCAGUCUAACAGCACUUAUGAUAAGCCUUUAUUCCAUGGUCGCACAAGCGAAUAUCAGCAUCAAGAAAAAAAUUCAUCAUUAGCAUCAGCAUCCGCAUCGCAUAUUUCAACAUCAUUUUCCCCAGCAACAUCAAGCUUUUUCUACAGUGUCAAAGUAUUUGUUUAUACCAUAAAAGAUAUAGCAUGGGUUAGUUUUAUUGUCUAUAUCCUUUGCAUUCUAAUUUUGUAAAGCAGAAAGAAAUAAAGAGUAUCUUUAUU